AUGCCCCCUAAGAAGGUUACCAGCGCGCCCAAGAAGGUGGCGCCUGCUGUUCCUCACACCUCUUACCGUGAUAUGAUCAAGGAUGCCAUUAUUAGCCUGAAGGAACGCAAUGGUAGCAGUCGCCAGGCUAUCAAGAAGUACGUUCAGUCUAACAACAAGAUCAACGUCACUUCCCAGAGUGUCUUCGACUCUCAGUUCAACAAGGCUAUCAAAGCCGGUGUUGAGAAGAAUGAGUUCACUCAGCCCAAGGGCCCAUCUGGCCCUUUGAAGCUUGCGAAGAAGGAGGCUCCUGUCAAGGCCGCUCCUAAGCCUACCGUGAAGCCCGCCCCCAAGGCCCCUGCUAAGCCCACCAAGACGACUGGUCCCAAGAAGGCCGAUUCCAAGAAGGCCGAUUCCAAGAAGGCCGAUUCUAAGAAGGCCGAUCCCAAGAAGGCCGAUCCCAAGAAGACUGGUCCUAAGAAGACUGAUUCCAAGAAGACUGAUCCCAAGAAGACUGUUACAAAGACUACCAAGACUACCGCUCCUAAGAAGGCUGCGGGCAAGAAGGCUGCUGCCACCAAGCCCAAGGCUAACUCUGGCAAGGCUCGCAAGACCUCCACUGCCGCCCCUGCUGUCGUUGAGCAGCCCAAGAUUCUGGGAAAGACCAAGUCUGGCCGUAUCACCAAGACUACUGCCCCGCAGCCCACAACAACCCGGGCUGCUCCCAAGAAGCGGACCACCAAGAAAUAG